UGUCAUAGAGACAAACAUCGGGACAAGCCGGAGACUCUUCUGCACGUGAGUAAAGAGAACAUCUGUGACUUUACAGGAAGAUGCUGCAAGUUGGAUUACUUCUUUUAGUCACAGGACUAGUCUCUGCUUCUCAGCUUUGCCAGAAUGGCAUGAUCUGUCCAGAAGGUUCAAGCUGCUGUGAGACACUGAAUGGUUAUGAAUGCUGCCGUGCAAAGGAAAUGCCUCCAGUGCAAGGUCAGGAAAUGACAUCUUUCGAAAGAUCAAAUGACAAAGAGGAAAGUCCACAAGUCCGAUGCGACAGUUCGUAUGUUUGCCCUGGCUUACACACAUGUUGUAGGAAUGCCAAUGGUGGUUGGGGCUGCUGUCGUUUUUCUCAGGGUGUUUGCUGCUCUGAUGGCUUAACUUGCUGCCGAUAUGGCACCACGUGUGGUUCGUUUAACAAGUGUGUUAAAGGUGGGUAUGGCAUCCUGUGGGCCAAGAGAGAACCUGCUGUGCUGCAAAAGGCUUUGAAUCAACCUCUUCUGGAAGGUCAGUAAUGAUGUACAUCCUGUUUUCUGGAGAUUUUGGUUCCUGCUUUUUAUUUUAAAUUUCUAUCCAGUAAUUCAUUUACAGUAUUUUCUGUUUUUUCUGAACAUUUUGAAUAAAAUUCAUCAUUUAAACAAUG